CUAACAUUUCUCAAUUCCCAAGUUGCUCUGAAACACAGGAGAGAGAUGGGUAUUACAGGAGGACUAGUGAGAAGCAUUUUCUUCAGAAACAAAUCAUUUGGGGCUCAUGACUACAACAAUGGAAGAAGCAAUCUAGGAGAGAAGAAAAGAUGGAGCUCGGUUAGAUCGUACCUUUGCGGAGAUGAAUUCAACUCUGUUCUCGCUGUUGAUGAUUCAGGGUCGAUAAAGGAUUCUGUUGACGCUCUUCUAACAAUGUCUCAGCAUCUUACUUCAGAUUGUGUCACACCAUUUGAUUCGGUUAUCGCCAUUGAAGAUUCAGCUUCUGUGAAACAACAUUUGGAGGAAGAGGACUCUGUUUCCGUUAAGAGCUCAGAGGCAACAGUUACUCAGCCAUUACCGGACGAGAAACCAAAGUUAUCAAAAGAAGAUGUCGAUAACCAAAGCGAAACAACAGAGACGCAUAUACCAAAGAAGCAUCAGACAACUCCAAUCUCCAAGUUGUUCCUCGAAGAAGAUGCUGCAGUCAAAAUUCAGACAGCAUUCAGGAGUUACUUGGCAAUACGUAAGAGCAAAGAAGUAGAAGAAACAGCUGUUAAUGAAGAGAGCUUCUCAGGAGAGGAAUCACAAGGCAAGGUAUCCAUGGGGACAUCACUAGAAGUUCAGACAUGUAAUUCCGUGAAAGCGCCGUUUUUUAGGAGAAAACGAGUAUCAGCAAAUCGAAGAACAUUACAGAAGAACAAAACUCAAGCUCUGAGGAUAAAGGAAGACUGGGAUGAUAGCACAGUGAGCAGCACCAUAUCGCAACUCAGAAUUCAAAGCAGAAUCGAAGCAAUGACAAAGCGAGAGAGAGCACUUGCUUAUGCAUUUUCACAGCAGCUACGAAUCUGCUCAAAGAAGAAGCCAAUAGAUCGCAACAGUGAAGAUGAAUCCAACAUCGGUUGGAGUUGGCUAGAACGCUGGAUGGCAACCCGUGUACCAGACAGUUUUCCGAUUGAGCCACGGACAAACAUUCAGACAGAUAUUGCGACGAAAAAUCAAAGAUUUGUAAGAAAGAAUAGAUCUUUUGGUAUAGCUGGCGAGUUGGAGAGCUGUGCAUCCAACGAUAUACCCCUCCAAUUUGAAAGCAUAUCAGAGAAACUAGAAGAUGAAACAGAGAAUUUGCAGACGGAAAAGAGCACAUCAAAGCGAAAAUCGGUUCCAAACUACAACGGCCAGAGAAGGCAUAACAGGCUUCAAGCAACCAAAAGAGACUUGCAACAACAGACAAAGAAAGCUAAGAAGGCCAAGACCAUAGCCACAAGCUGCAAAAUUGGAAAUGAAUGUGAAGAAACCUCACGGAAGAUCAUUAGCAGCAGCUAAGAUAAUAGUUACCUGUAAAUCUUAGCGUUUAAACAACUCUUGUUUCUAAAUAGUUUCUUCUUUCGAUUCUGAUAACAACAUGCUUGUAAAUUAUUUGCGU